UAUUUUAGUGGAUAAUUUCAUUCGUUACAUUCAAUCACGAUUCUACAGUUGUUCUCCACGUUUAACCUUCACCGCAGUAUACUGUUAUUCGCAUCGUUAUGGCAAACAUCUGUUUUAGCCUAAUUGUUUUAUCUGUCUGUGUUGCCUGUACGUUUGCGACUGGUACACCUUCGUUCUUAAAAAAUGACAUAAUUGUAUACGGUCAACGUGAUCACAGAAUGGGCGGUGUCAUGUUUGUAGAAAAAGAUGGUGCAAAUCCGAUGGGUGAGGGUAAUUUAGAUUUGUUGUUCACUAUAAAACCCACUAAAGCUGCCUACAAUGAUGUUCUCCGAAAGCUUAAAGACAAUGGAUUGAAUGGUCCUGAGUACGGCGAAUUAUUUACUUUUACAGUAACUGACUUACAAAUUACACCACUUACUAAGGUGUAAUUAUUAACUUAUAAACAUUUAUAGAUGCCGAUAUUGUUAUGAUUAUAAUAUUAUUUUUGUUACCAUCAUUCAAACUCGAUACUUCUUCAAAUUAAAAAAAAAAAAGAUAAACUUAUUCUAAAAAGUAUGAAUGAAACUAACAUAAUGUAAUCAUGAUUGUCGAAAUAAUAAUACAUUUUAUUUUGAAUUUUAAAUCAACAAAUAUAUAUAUAAUAAAACCCUUACAACAUUUUA